CGCGCGCUCAAGCUUUUCCUGUUAGAUUGUAAAAUGGCGCUCUGUUACAAGUGUUCCGACUUUAUUUAAUCUAGAUUUUUUUACGCUGUUUUGCUUGAGGGGCUUUGCCUUUACUUCAUAAUGUAACUCAUGUGCAGGUCAGCUACAGUUUGAGCACGAGCGUUCGUUUAUUUACGAGCACACUUCGUCUGUGUUAGACAGGCUGUUCGCUGCAGACUGGCUGCUAGCAUCAUUAGCUAACCGUCUUGACGUUGUCCGUGCAGCUUUUUCCAUCCCAACAUCAGCGCAUCAGCAACGAAAAUGGGCUACUUAAAGCUAAUAGAGAUAGAAAACUUCAAGUCGUACAAGGGAAGACAAAUCAUUGGACCGUUUCACAAGUUUACGGCGAUCAUCGGACCCAAUGGCUCGGGUAAAUCCAACCUUAUGGAUGCCAUCAGCUUUGUGUUAGCUGAAAAGACCAGCAACCUGCGUGUUAAAACUCUGAAGGAUCUAAUCCAUGGCGCUCCUGUGGGGAAGCCAGCUGCCAACAGAGCUUUUGUCAGCAUGGUGUACCAGGAAGAUACUGGAGAGGAACGUUCCUUCACAAGGGUCAUCAUUGGGGCCUCAUCUGAGUAUCGCAUCAACAAUAAAGUGGUUGGACUGCCUGAGUACAGCGAGGAGCUGGAAAAACUUGGUAUUCUGAUCAAGGCCAGAAACUUUCUUGUCUUUCAGGGGGCUGUGGAGUCAAUUGCCAUGAAGAACCCCAAAGAGCGAACAGCGCUGUUUGAGGAGAUUUCACGCUCUGGGGAGCUGGCACAGGAAUAUGACCGCCGAAAAAAGGAGAUGGUGAAAGCGGAAGAAGACACGCAGUUCAAUUAUCAUCGCAAGAAAAACAUUGCAGCAGAGCGCAAAGAAGCUAAGCAAGAGAAAGAAGAGGCUGAGCGAUACCAACGCCUUAAAGAUGAAGUAGCCAGGGCAAGCGUACAGUUACAGCUCUUCAAGUUGUACCACAACGAGGUCGAGAUUGAAAAGCUCAACAAAGAGCUCGGCCAGCGCAACAAAGAAAUCGAGAAGGACCGUAAAAAGAUGGACCACGUGGAGGAGGAGCUGAAGGACAAGAAGAAGGAGUUGGGGAGGCUGAUGAGGGAGCAGCAGACCAUCGAGAAAGAAAUCAAAGAGAAAGACUCUGAGUUGAACCAAAAGAGGCCUCAGUACAUCAAGGCCAAAGAGAACACGGCUCACAAAAUCAAAAAGCUGGAGGCUGCCAAAAAGUCGUUGCAGAACGCCCAGAAGAUGUACAAGAAGCGCAAAGCAGACAUGGAUGAGCUGGAUAAGGAGAUGAGGGCCGUGGAGUUGGCCAAGCAGGAAUUUGAGGAAAGAAUGGAGGAAGAGGCCCAGAGCCAAGGCCAGGAUCUCACUCUGGAGGAAAACCAGGUGAAGCAGUAUCAUCGCCUGAAGGAGGAGGCCAGCAAGCGUGCCGCCACUUUGGCUCAGGAACUGGAGAAGUUCAACCGGGACCAGAAGGCCGACCAGGACCGCCUUGAUUUGGAGGAGAGGAAGAAAGUGGAGACGGAGGCCAAAAUCAAGCAGAAGAUUCGUGAAAUUGAAGAAAACCAGAAACGUAUUGAGAAGCUUGAGGAUUACAUCACCACCAGCAGGCAGUCACUUGAUGAGCAGAAGCGCAUGGAGGAGGAGCUGACAGAGGAAGUGGAGAUGGCCAAGAGGAGGAUUGAUGAGAUUAACAUGGAGCUUAAUCAGGUGAUGGAGCAGCUGGGAGACGCCAGGAUCGACAGACAGGAGAACAGUCGACAGCAACGCAAGGCAGAGAUCAUGGAGAGCAUCAAACGACUCUACCCUGGAUCUGUGUACGGUCGUCUGAUCGACCUGUGUCAGCCCACUCAGAAGAAAUACCAGAUCGCCGUCACUAAAGUGUUGGGCAAGAACAUGGACGCCAUCAUCGUUGACUCGGAGAAGACCGGCAGGGACUGCAUUCAGUACAUCAAGGAGCAAAGAGGAGAGCCUGAGACCUUCCUUCCUCUUGACUACCUGGAGGUCAAACCAACAGACGAAAAACUGAGGGAACUACGAGGGGCCAAGCUGGUGAUCGAUGUGAUCCGCUAUGAGCCGCCACACAUCAAGAAAGCCCUUCAGUACGCCUGUGGCAACGCUCUGGUUUGUGAGAAUGUGGAGGACGCACGAAGGAUUGCUUUUGGAGGGCCUUACAGACACAAGACCGUAGCGCUGGACGGCACGCUGUUCCAGAAGUCCGGAGUCAUUUCCGGGGGAGCCAGUGAUCUGAAGGCCAAGGCCCGGCGCUGGGACGAGAAGGCUGUGGACAAACUAAAGGAGAAAAAGGAAAAACUCACAGAGGAGCUGAAGGAGCAAAUGAAGGCAAAGAGGAAGGAGGCGGAGCUGCGUCAGGUGCAGUCGCAGGCACACGGCCUGCAGAUGAGGCUCAAAUACUCCCAGAGCGAUCUGGAGCAGACCAAAACCAGGCACCUCUCGCUCAACAUGCAGGAAAAGUCCAAACUGGAGAGUGAACUCGCAAAUUUUGGCCCUCGCAUCAAUGACAUCAAAAGGAUCAUCCAAUCCCGCGAGCGCGAGAUCACCGACCUCCGAGACCGCAUGAACCUGGUGGAGGACGAGGUGUUUAUUGAAUUCUGUAAGGAGAUUGGCGUGAGAAACAUCCGAGAAUUCGAGGAGGAGAAAGUGAAGAGGCAGAACGAGAUUGCAAAGAAGCGUCUUGAGUUCGAGACCCAGAAGACCCGUCUGGGAAUCCAGGUGGACUAUGAGAAGAACCAGCUGAAGGAGGACCAGGAGAAGGUCAUGAUGUGGGAGCAAACUGUUAAGAAAGACGAGGCUGAGAUAGAGCGCCUUAAGAAGGAGGAGCACAGACACAUGAAGAUCAUUGACGAGACAAUGGCCCAGCUGCAGGACCUGAAGAACCAACAUCUCACCAAGAAAUCUGAAGUCAACGAUAAAAAUCACGAAAUGGAGGAGAUCCGCAAAAAACUUGGCGGCGCUAACAAAGAGCUGACCCAGCUCCAGAAGGAGGUCACUGCCAUCGAGACCAAACUGGAGCAGAAGCGCAGCGACCGGCACAACCUGCUGCAGGCCUGCAAGAUGCAGGACAUCCGCUUGCCGCUCCGCUCCGGAACCAUGGACGAUAUCAGCCAGGGAGAGGGGAGCUCUCAGACCGAUGACUCCAGCAGUCAGAGGACAUCCAGCACUGUUCUGGCUAAAGAAGCUCUGAUAGAAAUUGACUACAGCAACUUGUCUGAAGAUCUGAAGGAUGCAUUGUCGGAGGAAGAGAUCAAAGCAGAGACAAACACGCUGCAGCAGCGUCUGAACGAGCAGCAGAGCAUCUUGCAGAGGAUCAGCGCGCCCAACAUGAAAGCCAUGGAAAAACUGGAGAGCGUCCGGGACAAGUUUCAGGAAACCAGCGACGAGUUCGAGGCCGCUCGGAAGAGAGCCAAAAAGGCCAAGCAAGCCUUCGAGCAGAUCAAGAAGGAGAGAUUUGAUCGUUUUAACACCUGUUUUGAGUCAGUGGCCACCAACAUCGACGAGAUCUACAAAGCUUUGUCCCGCAACAGCAGUGCACAGGCGUUUCUGGGCCCAGAAAACCCAGAGGAACCGUAUCUGGACGGCAUCAACUACAACUGCGUGGCUCCAGGGAAAAGGUUCAGACCCAUGGAUAACCUGUCUGGAGGAGAGAAGACUGUUGCUGCUCUGGCUUUGCUCUUUGCCAUUCACAGCUACAAACCCGCCCCCUUCUUUGUCCUGGAUGAGAUCGAUGCCGCUCUGGACAACACUAACAUCGGCAAGGUGGCCAAUUACAUCAAGGACCAGUCGGUGCAGAACUUUCAAGCUAUAGUCAUUUCUCUAAAGGAGGAGUUCUACACCAAGGCAGACUCUCUUAUAGGCGUUUAUCCAGAGCAAGGAGAUUGUGUCAUCAGCAAAGUGCUCACCUUUGACCUCUCACAGUAUCCUGACGCCAACCCAAACCCAAAUGAGUAACACGAGUCCGCUCUGCUCCAUAUAGACCAUACUUACACAUCAUGUACUCAGUAGGUCUCUGGUGUUUUUUGUCUUCUUUUUUUUUUCUCCUGUUGAAUUUUUUUUUUAUAUAUAUAUUUUAGAUUUGUGAUUCAGAAUCCUUUUCUUGUGAUAGGGAUUUUUUUUUUUUUGGUAGUAGUUAAAACUCUCUGUACAUUUACUGGAAACAGCUUUUUUCUCAAUUUGGACAUCGUCAUACAUUAUUUUAAUGAAUAGUAGUAAAGUAAAAUAAGAAUCAAAGCUUUUUCAUGAACUCUAGGAUUUAUACAAAGCGCUAAAAUGUAAUGCCUUUUGAAACAGGCAAGUUGUUGUUUUAUAUUGUUCACCGCUCUCAUUUCAUUUGUUUGCUUAAAGCCUUUUGCCUGUCCUCUCUUGUGUUUUCUCGAAUGCAAAUUGCAUUUCAAAUGUGGAACUUUUUUUAAAAGCUCAAUUAGGAGUGUUUAGUUAUCAUGCGGUGGCUACAUUCCCUUUGUGUAGUGACUAAAUAAAAGCUGCAGCUGAAAGCGCUAUAAGAUUUUUAAGCUUUUUUGGAAACCAACCGAACGUAAUUAUGUCAAAAGUACCUUAUAAGUUGGGUUUUAACAGAGCAAGAGUACAGUCUGAAAUAUUCAGCGUGAAUAAGAGGAUUCUGUCUGUCUGGUUGGCUUUGCUUUAAUAAAUCUAAAAUGAAUAA